GGGCUCGGAGGGUUUUCCAUGGAAUUCCGGUGUGGUGUUUGAGCAGGCUAGGGAUCAGUGUGAGAGCGCUUCUGUCAGGAACAGCGCAGGCUCGAGCAGGACGGGAGUCAGUGGAACGGCGGAACUGCUGCGUGUUUUCCAGGAAAGUUCGAAACGCCCUUUUUCGCGAGUUCCAUUUUGCGAAUAGUGAAGCAUAUGCUCAUAUGAAUAUGAAACAGGUUUAAACUACUUGCGGGGCUACUUGCUGUAUGUGGUUGUGACUGAAACCGUAUUUAACUGCGUUUAAUUUGCCUAUAGAGUGGUUAGUAAACUCGGUUUCUUAAAGGCAACGUACUGUAAAAUACAGUCUAAAGGACGUACAGGAUGUUUUCCACAUUUCUUAAGUGUGAGAUCAUCCUCACACUCAUCUGUCUCGCAUUGUGUUACGAGCCCACAAAGGAGGACUUGAAGUGUUUUAAUGACUAUGAGACAGAAAUGAAAUGCAGUCUCUCCUCUGACCGUCUCCAAAGCUGCUCUGGAUACAAGCUCAACAUCACACAUCCUGUAUUCAAUAAGUUUAAAAAGUAUACAUGCAUCUUUGAGAGAAGUCAUCACAGUGACAAUUGUGAGUGCAAAAUUAAAGUGCAAGGGUUUGUUGCAACAGAGAUCUUCAAUACUACACUUCUGGAAGGAACAAAUGUUUUAUUAAGCGAAAGAUUCAUGACUUCAGACUUCAUCAAACCGAAAUCUCCAGUCUUAUCAGUGCAAAAGACUGAAAAUGGAAACUUUAAUGUAACUUGGGAUGACCAGUAUGACAAAAGUGGUUUGGUACGAAGAAAUUUUUUUGAAUCCUUGAGAAUAAAUCUGACCUAUGGCAUCAAAGGAGGACAUGAAAAUAUAUCCAAGACAGUGCCGAACACUGUGGGAUCCUUUGAGAUUGUGGCCGAAAAUCUCCAGCCAAAUACCAACUACAUUCUGACAGCAACAAUGAGCUCUGACUAUAAUGAUCAUAGUAUAUCUAGUGACCAGAGCACAACAGUUGAGUUCACCACCUCCUCAUCCCCAAAUGAAAUAGCCAAAAUGAUGAUUCCACCUCUCUGUGUUGGUUUAAUCAUCAUCAUUUGUAUUAUCUUCAUCUGCAUUUUGAGCAUGAAGACGAAUUGGUGGGACAAAAUCUCCAAGCCAAAAAUAGAUGCCAAUCUUGGAGAGAAGGGUCAUAUUUUGCCUCCAUCUGUUACGAAGUUCUCUCCAAUCCAAGUAGAUUGGAUUCCAACACUGGACCUUCAGGAGGAUAAGAAAUUGAUCUCAGCAUUAUCAGUAGACCCAAACAAUGAAAAAAGUUUCCACAGUGUUGAGUCAGCACCUGUGGAUUAUGGCCAGGCUUGCCCGGAAGAGAAUAUCAGCACCAUCAACAUCGCAUUACGUGUCGAGCAUGCCUUAGAUGAGGUGUUUAAAUCACGUCCAAUCUCAAACAACCCAUCACCGUUCCCCCCCAACAAUCAGGUUACUAUGAGCAGCUCAUACAAGAGUGUUAACGGAAUCAGUUCCUCAAGAGAACACAACCGUGCAAACCGAGAUUCGGGCAAUUGCUCUGGCUCAUCAGUUUUCAGUAAUAUGUCAUAUUGGGAAUCAGCCACUAAUGAUUCUUUAUUCCUGGAGCUGAGCGGUGAUCAUUACUGUCAGUCUGGCAAGAGGGAAGUUUCAGACUUGGAUACAUGCGAUAGCCAGUUUAACUCUCCCACUAAUGAUACUCUGGAAGACGCAUAUCAGUGCUUCAGCAGUGUUUUGGAAAAGGGAAAUGAUCCAGAUGUUUGUGUGAACCUUUCAAAUAGUGUUGGUGCUGAUGAGAAAUGCAUCAUGAAAAAUCUCAUCACCAGCACAAAUCCACUCUAUCCUUCUCUGAUUCUGCAUGAUGGCAGUGUCACACCAAGUGAUGAAGGAUAUCAGGCUUUUCAAGGCUUAACAAAGAGCACAGAAGGACAGUGGAGCACAAGCGUCAGUACUGAACAAGCACUUAAUGCAUGUAAAGCUUUGAAAUUCCCCCACAGCACCAGCCAAGAUCCCACAUCUGUGCAGCAAAGUUUGUGGGCCUCUUCUUUGCAUUUCUCACCCGUUAUUCAAAUAGACAAUUCAUAUCAAUGUGUUUAACUGGGCUGUAAAACAAAUGAUAAGUACAUGCCUGAAACCUUUAAUUAUUUUUUGUAUGCAAUGUCUACAGUUACAAUGAAUCAUUCUUUUGAAAAUAUGACCAGUAAUAAGAACUAUGCAAACUUUGUUCACUAUUUGUUCAGGCUUAGAGCCAAUGCCUUGAAUUUAGGUUUUGCUAGCUACUUCUGCAAUAAGAUGUUGAAAAAUGCCUUAAAGGGAUAUUCCACUCAUUAAAAUGAUCUCAUGCUGUCCCAGA